UCUCACGCCCACUGGCGCAGGUGACGGGUGACGCAGCUCGGGUUUCUGUGGAGCGCAUUGGGUCGGGGCAGCCCGAGAUGUGGAAGCUCGAGAGAGGGUCACAUUCGUUCUCCGCUUCAGUAUUUCCCCGCAGCAGGGCUAUGUGCUGAAACCUUCCAAACUGCCAAGGAAAGCAAGACAGGAGUGAAGUGAGAAGGACAGACCUGCUCUUCAGUGGCAGGGGACAGUCAGCAGAGCUGUAAAGAGCUGAAGUGUAGCAUGAGCAGGCAUGCAGAACUCCAGGCUUUUGAGGAAGGACGAGGCUAUGCAGUUGUAAAUUUAACGGGCCAGAACGAUUCAGUUGUUGGUCUCCCCUGUCCCACUAAUCAGGAGCUCGUCCGUCGGCUCAUCAAUGUAACAAACUCCAACCAGUCCUCUGCGAUCACAAUGGGCCAGGACAGGGGGAAAUAUGACUUCUAUGUCGGGCUGGUUUUGGCUGUUAGCUCCAGUAUUUUCAUUGGAGGCAGCUUCAUCCUGAAGAAAAAAGGGCUCCUCUGCUUGGCAAAGAAGGGCUCCAUGAGAGCAGGUCAAGGUGGUCAUGCAUAUCUCAAAGAGUGGCUGUGGUGGGCUGGUUUACUAUCAAUGGGUGUUGGAGAAGCAGCCAAUUUUGCUGCUUAUGCUUUUGCUCCAGCUACGCUAGUCACACCCCUGGGAGCCCUAAGUGUUCUUGUGAGUGCCAUCUUGUCCUCAUACUUCCUGAAUGAGCGAUUGAAUCUGCAUGGGAAGAUCGGAUGUUUGCUGUGUAUUCUGGGGUCGACAGUGAUGGUUAUACAUGCACCUCAAGAAGAAGAGAUAAAUAGCCUGGAGGAAAUGUCAGAAAAACUGAUAGAUCCAGGCUUUCUGGUGUUUGCAACCUUUGUUGUCAUUGUUGCACUGAUCUUCAUUUGUAUUGUGGGACCUCGUCAUGGACAAACCAAUAUUCUCGUCUAUAUAACCAUCUGCUCUGUAAUUGGAGCUCUGUCUGUGUCAUGCGUGAAGGGCCUGGGCAUCACCAUCAAAGAACUUUUUGCAGGGAAGCCCGUUUUGAGAAAUCCUGUGUCUUGGAUUUUUUUACUGAGCCUUAUAGCUUGUGUGAGCACGCAGAUCAAUUACCUGAACAAGGCGCUGGAUAUCUUCAACACUUCCCUCGUGACUCCUAUUUAUUACGUUUUCUUCACCACCUCCGUGCUGUCCUGUUCUGCCAUUCUCUUCAAAGAGUGGGAGCACAUGGGCUCUGAUGACAUCAUUGGCACAAUCAGCGGGUUCAUCACCAUCAUCAUAGGCAUCUUUUUGCUCCACGCCUUCAAGGACGUCAACAUUAGCCUGGCUAACCUGCCUGUGUCCGUGAAGAAGGAGACUCGGGAUGGCAGUUGUAUCAAUGGAAUGGUGACUCACAGCACCUAUGAACUGCUGGAGAAUGACAUUACAGUUCAUGUACAAGACGAUGGCCCUGAUCUUCCCACUGACAGUGUCUCCCGGAGAAAUGGCACCGUGGGAGCCUUGUAAAACCAUUAAGAAGCAGACAGCGAAUGAAUACUGUAUUCUGGGUUAAGGUUUAUUGUUGCCACCGAUGGCAGGAACUUCUGAAUUCCACAGGUGGAAGCUUUGUGGGUGAUCAGCAACAAAUAGAAAAUACAAUCGGAUCUUUUUAAAGUGUGACUUGGAUGGACCAAUGGAUUGUAUUGAGAUUUUUAUUUGCCUUAUCUAUCACAAGAUUCAUAUUUUGUAAUUUAACAUGGCUACAUGGUUGAAGUUUCAUUAUAUUUCCAUGUGGCAUUGUACUGUAAAUACGGUUUUUAAAUUGCAUCUGUACUUUCUGUACCGAUAUUUACAUGCACUGAGUUUAUUUCUACAACUGAAAGAGCCAUUUCCUUAUGGAUUUGCUUUAACUUUAUAAUAAAUCCAGUCCUUAGUGAAUGACUGUUGUAGCUUUAAUACUGCUGAACAUGUUACUUUUUCCCCAAAAGUAGGGUUUUUAUUGGCCUUCUUUGCUUAACAUAGUUAAAAUAUUUAAAAGUAAACAUGCAUACCCUAUGAAAAAGAAAAGAAAACAUUUGGAAAUAUUCUAAUUGUAGAGUUUAUUGCAUAAAAGAUGCAUGCUAUUUCAGCAUGCUGAAAAAGGUGGAAGCUGAAUUUGUGACAGUAACUCGUUAAUAUUAAGUUACAAUGGAAAUAUGUUUCUAAGUUGGUCUGCAGAAUUAAAAUCUUUAGUUUUUUUACAAGAAAGGUGCCAUCUUAUGGUACCGUACAGAUCAAAGUAACUCAUAGCCACAUCACAUUGUAAUGCAGAGAAAGUCCAUGCACCUUUGUAAUAACUGGAGAUGUAUCUUGCAAAUGUUUUUUGCUAAACACAUAUUCCAAUACGAUUAUUUUCAUUAGCACUGAGUAUUCUUCAAAUGGAUAAGACAUCUGCGAAGAAUAUUUAUCAUACUACUUUUGCAUUGCUAGACUUAACUAUUGUGAUAUAUUUUAAACAUUUUGAUAACGUUUGGAGCAUUACAUAGCAAUGCUUUAACAUUUAUGUAGGCAAUGGUCUUCACCAUUGAUUCAUGCAUAUGUAAAUCUCUGAAAUCCUUAGUAGCACAGCAAUAAAUUCAUUUUCCCCUUCACUGACCUCACUAAGAAGGCCUUCGAAAACAGAAUACUGAAUUAUAUUCAUCAGCAAAAACACAGCACGGUUGGAACAGUUGACUACAGUCCUAGUCUAAGCCUGUAGAAAUCAUUCUCAUUGCCUUCUUUUCUGUUUGCAAUCACGGUUUGUUGCAGGAAUAUUCAAGGAAAUCUAACUCUGGGGAAAAAAGCAUGCUGACUUUUUGUAGCUAACAAAUACAGCAAGUAUUAUGGAGAAGAGAAGUUUGAAAAUAUUGUUCUUGUUUGAGUCAAUGAAAUCAAAUGCAACAGUGUAUGUUUGUACUACAAAUAGUGAAUGUUUUGUUUAUUAGAAAUGUACGUAGAGUAGGGAACAAGCUAGGCAGACUUUUGAUGAACAGCUUAACGGCGGCAACCUCGUGCUGUAGAGCAGUUAAAAUGUUUUGGAAGUUUGUCCAGAGAUGGUGUAGGAAAUAAGGACACUGACAACUAAAUAUUAAUCCAAAUGUCUGCAUAGCUCUUCCAUUGUAUGAACCUUGCUCAAGUCAAUCACAAUGUUUGAACAACUGACAACGAAGGCAGUAGUGAAAAUACUUCCAAGUGGUAACGGCAAUAGCGCAGGGGAAAUUUAAUUGCUUUUUGUAGCAUUUUCCAGAAAUAUGCCAGAAAAUAGUCACAUUUGCUUGGUCAUCACCUAGUUAGAGUGGAGCCAUCAAAUAGCCUUACUUCGUGUAUACUGUAUAUGGAUCAAUCAUGUAUAGGUAUUGUGCAAUAGCUGGGAAAUCAGAUAUUGUUUUUAUUGCACAAUGCCCUGUGCAGGGAAAUUCUGGGUAUAAGAUUUAUUCUUGUGGGGCUGAUUGAUCAUGGUGGGUGGGUGUUGAGCUUCAACCACUGGCACUGUGGGGAUAAUGAGGUAUAGUUUUGUCAGUGUGGCUAGCAACACCAGUGUUCAUUACCAACUUGAGGUGAACUUGAAUCCGCUCUCUGCAUACUUAAAGGAUACCCAAGCCCUUAUAUAUACUGUAGGAGGAGACCCACUUUACCAGUGCUGUACCCACCUGUGAGACACAUUAGUCUCUAUACAGCAAGGGAAGGUCAGGGGGGAAGCUAGAGAAAUUAAGUUCAGGCUGAACAGGGAAGGUUAGAGCAGCCAGAUUGUGCAAUCCCCAAAUGGAAAUUAUCCCAGAUACUGCAGGUGGCACGCCUACGUACUCUCACAAACAAUGCUAUGGGUUCUUUAAUAACAAAGUAGUCAACAGCUUGGUUUAACGUCUCAUUUUGUGGUAGCUUCUACAUCAUGGUGUUCCCAAGCACCAAACUAGAGCGCUGGUUUGUCAACUGUGGCCUAGAGGGAAGAGUGGCAAAUAGUGUUCCAUGAGCACCAUUUAUAGCACCAACCUUGUUUUCCUUUAAGGUCUCGCAACCCAGUAUUGACCAGGUACAAUCUUCUUAGCUUUUGAAAUCGGAGAUCAGUCUCUUCAAAUUAAGAAACAUAGCUUUAGUUUUGAAACCUGGUGCAGAAUUUGUUCAUCCCAUAAUAACUCCUUGCACUGUAUAGUCUUUGUCAUCCCAAAGGCUAGGAGGUGGUAGGCCAGUCGUUCUGCAUACCCAAAGAAAUUACAACACCCAUUACAGAGGGAAUUUAGGAAGGGCAGGCUGUCCAAACCCAUCAGGAUGAGUGGGGCCUGGGCACUGGGGUUAACACUUCUGCUUUUACAAAAAGCAGAAUGGAAUCUUUCAUGAGGUGGUCGGGAUCUCGGUCUAACAUCUCAUCUGAAAGGCUUUAUCCUUUCCACUGCGGUGGCAAAACGCAUCACCUGAUGCUGCUUCUCAUUUGUUUUUCCGUUUGUGUUAAGAAACCUGCCCCUGUUAGGGACAGAGUGAUUCUAUCCAUCCCUCCAAGGUGGGAGUGGACACUGGACAGACUAAUGUCCUGCACCAUUUCACCUCAGCUCUCUGCGGCAUGGCAAAGGCUAUGACGUUUGGUUCACAACUUCAGCUUAAAAAAAAAAAAACAGGUGACUUCAGUGUUGUUGCUGAAUGUGCUGCAAUCAAAUCCUCGAUGGAUCUUGAAAACAUCGGUGUUACUUUUGACCACGUAUGAUCAUUUUACAUGCGCAUCUUCCAGCCACUUACUGUACAUAACAAAAGGGAAAAGACCACUCUUCUGCCUGAUAUAUCUGUAAUAUUGAUAACAUGCCUUAAUUUAAUCAAGAUUAGACUAUUUUAUGCCUUACAUACUAGAGUAUCCUCGAAACAACUCAUUCUUCAGAAUGUUAACGACUACUGCAUCAGUACCUCCCAGUCUCCUGAGCAUUAAAGUGCAUGUCAUAUCAUGUAUCAUGUAUUAGGCACUGAAAGAUUUAGCUCUAGAUUAUCUUAAGGACAUCUUACAUGAUUGUAGCCCAAAUCUAAACCUAAGGUCUGCUGAAUCAUUCUCUCUUAUCUGGUACAGAUCAGGAUCCACACCAUCAGGAAGAGUGUUUUUUUUAACUCAUCCCCCAAAUUCAUCAGACACUCUGCAACGGUGAACUGUGAAAGAUGAUUUUUUUUAAAUCAUCUUGAAGACUAACGUUUUUGUCUAAGCUUAUGAUAUAUAAAUUAAACAUGAUUUAAUUUGCUA